GCGAGCGAGCAAGCGAACGCGGGGGAAAAAGGCAGAGAAUGUCCGCCAUCUACCCUCCGCUCCCGGGCGCGCUCUCAUUCAUAGCAGCCUCUUCAUGAAUUACAGCUGAGGGGGGCGGGGGAGGGGGGGUACCACACAACACCCCAGCAAACCUCCGGGCCCCCAGGCAUGGCUAGCUCGUGUGCCGUGCAGGUGAAGCUGGAGCUGGGGCACCGCGCCCAGGUGAGGAAAAAACCCACCGUGGAGGGCUUCACCCACGACUGGAUGGUGUUCGUGCGCGGCCCGGAGCACAGUAACAUACAGCACUUUGUGGAGAAAGUCGUCUUCCACUUGCACGAAAGCUUUCCUAGGCCACAAAGAGUGUGCAAAGAUCCACCUUACAAAGUAGAAGAAUCUGGGUAUGCUGGUUUCAUUUUGCCAAUUGGGGUUUAUUUUAAAAACAAGGAAGAACCUAAGAAAGUCCGCUUUGAUUAUGACUUAUUCCUGCAUCUUGAAGGCCAUCCACCAGUGAAUCACCUCCGCUGUGAAAAGCUCACUUUCAACAACCCCACAGAGGAGUUUAGAAGAAAGUUGCUGAAGGCAGGAGGGGACCCCAACAGGAGCAUCCACACCAGCAGCAGCAGCAGCAGCACCAGUUUUUCAAAGCCUCACAAAUUAAUGAAGGAGCACAAGGAAAAACCUUCUAAAGACUCCAGAGAACAUAAAAGUGCCUUCAAAGAACCUUCCAGGGAUCACAACAAAUCUUCCAAAGAAUCCUCUAAGAAACCCAAAGAAAACAAACCACUGAAAGAAGAAAAAAUCGUUCCUAAGAUGGCCUUCAAGGAACCGAAACCCAUGUCGAAAGAGCCAAAACCGGACAGUAACUUACUCACCAUCACCAGUGGACAGCAAGACAAGAAGGCUCCUAGUAAAAGGCCCCCCAUUUCAGAUUCUGAAGAACUCUCCGCCAAAAAAAGGAAAAAGAGUAGCUCAGAGGCUUUAUUUAAGAGUUUUUCUAGCGCGCCACCACUGAUUCUCACGUGUUCUGCCGACAAAAAACAGAUAAAAGAGAAAUCUCACGUCAAGAUGGGAAAGGUCAAAAUUGAAAGUGAGACCUCCGAGAAGAAGAAAUCAACGUUACCGCCAUUUGACGAUAUUGUGGAUCCCAACGAUUCCGACGUGGAGGAGAACAUGUCCUCCAAAUCUGAUUCUGAACAGCCCAGCCCUGCCAGCUCCAGCUCCAGCUCCAGCUCCAGCUUCACGCCGUCCCAGACCAGGCAACAAGGUCCUUUGAGGUCUAUAAUGAAAGAUCUGCAUUCUGAUGACAAUGAGGAGGAAUCAGAUGAGGCAGAGGAUAAUGACAAUGACUCCGAAAUGGAGAGACCUGUAAAUAGAGGAGGCAGCCGAAGCCGCAGAGUUAGCUUAAGUGACGGCAGCGACAGUGAAAGCAGCUCAUCUGCUUCGCCCCUCCACCACGAACCCCCGCCACCUUUAUUAAAAACCAACAACAACCAGAUUCUUGAAGUGAAAAGUCCAAUAAAGCAAAGCAAAUCAGAUAAGCAAAUAAAGAAUGGUGAAUGUGACAAGGCCUACCUAGACGAACUGGUGGAGCUUCACAGAAGGUUAAUGACGCUGAGGGAGAGACACAUUCUGCAGCAGAUCGUGAACCUUAUAGAAGAAACUGGACACUUUCAUAUCACAAACACGACAUUUGAUUUUGACCUUUGCUCGUUGGACAAAACCACAGUCCGUAAACUACAGAGUUACCUGGAAACAUCUGGAACUUCCUGAGGAUACAACAACUGGAUGCAUCAAAAACUAUUGUUGGUUUUUUUUUUUUUUUGGUUGUGAUUUUUUUUUUUGUUUGUUUAUAUGAAAACACUCAGAAUGAUGCAACCAAAAGGGAAAAAAAUAAAAAUCAAACAACCUUCAGCUUUAUUUUUCUUUAAAGCCAGUCAUCAUCUCUUGAUAAAGGAGAGGUUAAGCAAACCAGCCUCAGCGGACCACUCUUCUCUCCAAGGAAAUCCCCGGGAAGAGUUAGCCUGGAUAGCCUUGAAAACAAACAAAUCAAACACAACACAAGAAAACUUUCAAGAAGGUGUAUGGUAUCCUUGUCUCUCUCUCUGUGGUGGUUCAUUCCACAGGACGAAUGCAUAUUCAACACACUGCCUUAUUACAUAACUGAUCUAUUUAUUAUCGCAUACAGAUAUUCUAAAGUCGUUGAGGGAAUGACACCACAAGACAUUAUAAGUACUUGGUCCCACGGAUGCUCUUUUCAGUGCAGCGCCCUUGCCAUCCCAAGCCCAGUGACCUUACUCGUAUACCGUGCCACUCUCCGCCAACUUUUCCAAGUCCUUUUACUCGUUGCAGUCUGUAUUUGCCACCUUUUGUUUUUCCAGUUCCAGGACACAAAUAAUCAACUGGGGGGACCAAAUUGCCACCCUGAUUUUCUUCUUUGUGGUCUUUCUCCUGAAAGUUGGGGCCCAGCCCUUGGCUGUGUCCAUAUAAUGAUCUUGGACCAUGGUAGGAAAUGCACCAAAUAGGAUCAUAUGAGUUGUUGUCUAGCCUUAGUCAAUAAACCUGUAGGACUUUUAAACAAGUGUACCUGUAAACGUCCUGCAUCCAGCAUUGUUGAGCUGUCAAUCAACAUCCUUGUGUCUGUUUUACUGUUUCUAAUACUAGAGAAAGACGGAAGUAAAGGCAUUCCACAGGAUCAUCGUUUAAAAAAAAAAGGAAUUCUGGUUCUGUUUUCUAAAGAAAUGUUGUAGAAAUUCUUAAUUUGGAUCUAUUUAUUAGUAAGAGUUUCAGCUUUCUUCAGCUGCCAGUGUGUUAUCCAUCUUUACCAUAAAACCUGGAAUAAGAGAUUUUUGUUCACGAAUGAUCCUCGUAGACUCUUUUAUAUUUGGAAAAUUAAAAUCUUUCUUUGGGUGAAAAUCCUUGGUUAUUCUGCCGUAACAGAUCAUGUAUUAACUUGUAGAUUCAGUGGUUCGAGCCUGUUUAGUCACUUGCUUAUGUUUCCAGAAGGAUUUCUUAUAUUGGUGAAAAUAAAGAUGGUUGGGGAGGGGGGGGUUAUUUUUGUUCUUGAUGUACCCUGUUUUAAAACUAGAAAUCUGUCCUGUGGCAUGCAAAAGAAAGCGAAUUAUUUUUAAAAGAAAAAAAAAAAA